AUGCGCCCGCUGCCGGGCGAGCUCGUACCGCUGGUCCUCGCACAGCUCGCCUGGCGCACGGCCGAUCUCGCACGGUGCUGCCUCGUGUGCCGCUGGUGGUACCACCAUGCGGUUCCGCUCCUGUACGAGCGCCUAUGGCUACGUGACCAGACGCGCCUCGUGCGCGUGUUCCAGACGCUCGCCAGUGCACCGGCGCUCGCGCGGUGGCUGCGCAUCGUCGAGUUGCGUGUGUUCCCAUUUGGGAUGCCAGCUGAGCGUCUCGAAGAGCUCGAGGCACAUAUCGUGCAGGCACUGCAGCACGCCACACACCUGCGCGUCCUUGCGUGGACGCGCACGGGGAGCCUGAGUGACCGCGUGCUGGUCGGGCUCUUCGACAAGAUGACGUGCCUCGAGCGCCUCGAGCUCACAGGGAACACGCGCACUUGGUCGCCGGCGGUGCUCGCGCGCCACAUGCCGCGCACAGUCACAGAGCUCUCAUUCGUGCUCCCUGACCGCGCGCUCGCCGAGCACCUCGUGGCGCUCGUGGCCCGCCUCGACGGCCGCUUGCGCCGCCUCACGCUCCUGUGCCUCGAUUCGUCGGUGGUCACCGAUGCGCUUCUCGUGCAACUGGCGCCGCAUGCACCGCGCCUCACGUCGCUCACGCUCGUCGGGUGCAAGCAGGUGCAUGGUCCCGGCGUGCACGCGCUCGUAUCGCCUGCGUUACGUGAGCUCGCUCUGGAGGCUGUGGCGCUCGCGCCCGAUGAGCUCGUCGCACUGGCGCCGCGCGUCUCCCAGGUCGAGCGCCUCACGCUGACGACGCCGCGGCGCCUGAACGAGGCGCCCGCGUUCUUUGCGGCGAGUGCACAUCUCGUCGACACCUGCUCGGGCCUGCGCUACCUUACUAUGUAUGCAAGAGGCGGGCGCGCCCCCGGCGGCCCGAGCGAGGCGCCGACGCACACCGCCGACCCCGCGCCGCAGUGGCGGCUUGACCCGGGGUGGCUGGAGCGUCUGUGCAUGAGCCGCUCGGCCACGACCCUGCAGGGCCUGCAAAUCCACGGCCUCGCCGUCUCGCAAGCGCAGCUCACGCGGCUGGCGGCCGCUCCCCUCGCCACACACCUGCAUGAGCUUGCUGUGUACGUCGUCGAUGCCGAGCCCGAGGUCCUGGCGCGAGCCGUCCGCUCCUUCCCGGCGCUGCGCCUUCUCCACUGGGUUGCGCCGGCCGAAUCCGCGCUGCCUCUGGAACGCGAGGACCUUGACGAGCUGCUUGCCCAUGCCGGCCCGUGGCUGCAGCAGGUCGGCGUCGGCAACCGCGUAUGGCUCGUGCACACGGGGCCGGCCGGCCGUAUGCUCGUGCCGUGGGACAUGGCGCGAGGCACCUUUCCCUCGACGAUGCUGGUCGUGCGCAGCUAG